AUGACUGGUGAACGUCCCACUGUUGAUGGCGUAAAACUGCACGUCGUCGGGUGCGUCGUCAGGCCGUCACUGGCGCAGUUGGUAUCAUCGCAGUUGACGUUGCGCAUGAUUAGGAUCGCGAGGUUGGGGGUUGGCGUUGGGAGGGAGGCGAUGGAGGCGGCGCUGAGGACCGAGGCGACACUUGCUGCUGAGAUGGCGCUGGCGACUGAGAGGACGCUGGACUUGGACACGGAGGCUACACUUUGCGCUGAGGCGAUGCUGUUGAUCGAAGCCUGGCUCUGGAUCGCAGCAAAGAUCUCGACAAGGGCAACACUCUGGGCUGCAGCUACGCUUUCGACGGAUGCUGCGCUUUGGACUGAUUCGACGCUCUGCACUGAAGCGACACUCGCGCUAGAGGCUGACAUUAUCGAUGCCAUGAGCGCAGCACUAGCAGCUACUACAGCACUGUUCGACACCUCUGACAUUGGCGUAGUAGUCGCCGUUGACGACGGACCGUUCGUCGAACUUCCACCACCACUCGCAACAUUAGAUGGCAUAAGCGGCAGUGACAAUGUCGCCAACGUAUUCUGGGUCGUUGGGAUUCCAGGUGGGGCUGUCGUCGAAGCACCAGUUACCCAAACUACUACUCCAGCAGAGUUGGUCGUCAUCUCUGAAGUUGUCACAGUUGUCGUGCCUGUGAAGUCUUCGAAGCCAGGCAUGGUUUGCCGUGUCAAGGUGAUGGAUUGGCCACUCAUGCUCAGUGUGAUCAGUGAAGGACCUGAUGUUUCGAAUGCGUCGAGGUCAGAGGAUAUGGGUGGGGUGAAAUUGCCGGUUGCGGAAGCCGACGACUUUGGCGGCGGCGUGAUGGUUGGAAUUGAUAGGAAAGACGAUGUGGUCAGAGAUGUAGCGGCCAAGGCGAUGCGAAUGCUCGUUGUCGUACUUGGGAAGCCCUCUGUCGGUGGGGCGGAUGGUGCAUUGGUCGCGGGCUCAUGGCUACCCCGGGAAGUAGAGAUGCUCCUCAUUAACGACGACGAAAGGGAGGAGCUGCUGGGGUUUGAUUCUAGCUGCGGACUACUGGAGUUCUGA